AUGGAGCCCGGCGGCAGCAUCCUAGAUUCGAUCGGCCAAGAAAUCAUAGGCGUAAUGUCCCCAGUUUCCAUCUGCAUGUUCCUUGUAGUCCUGCUUGUCUACUCCCUCUACAAUCCCGCCACCACCACCACCAUCAGGACCGCCACCAAUUUGGUCUACAUGGACUCCCCCACCGAUUCCACCGCACAAAAACUUGAGGGUUCUCUCUUAAACGCCGCCGUUUUCAUUAUUCUAAUAGCUUUUGUGACAUUCCUUCUUGUUCUCCUUUACUACUAUAACUUUACUAGAUUUCUCGUGCAGUACACGCGCUUUUCUGCCUUUGCUGUGUUUUCGGCUAUGGGAGGGUCUGUUCUGCUUUCACUGAUUCAGCAUUUUAGUUUUCCCGUCGAUGUCGUUACGUUCUGUGUUUUGCAUUUUAAUUUUACGAUUGUGGGUACUCUUUGUGUUCUGUCGAGUGGUGGACCGUUUGCGUUGAAACAGAGUUAUAUGGUGGCUUUGGGGAUUAUCAUGGCGGCGUGGUUUACCAAGUUGCCUGAAUGGACUGCUUGGGUUUUAUUGGUGGCGCUGGCUGUUUAUGAUUCGGUGGCGGUUUUGGCGCCUGGUGGGCCAUUAAAAUUGUUGGUGGAGUUGGCAGCAAGUCGGGAUGAAGAGUUGCCAGCUUUGAUGUACGAGGUGAGACCAACUGUGGAUAUGGGUAGGUCAGGCAUUAGGGGCUCGAGUUUGGGACUUUUGGUUGGUGGGGUUACGGGAGAUAAUAGUGGUAGUAAUGGUGGUGCAGUUGAGUUGCAAGUGGUGUUGAGGAAUGAUAAUGAUAAUAAUGAAAACUAA